AGGACCUCGGGGCUCCGCUCUGAACUUUGGCUCCCGUCAGUGCCGGCCUCUCCCCGGGGCUCCCCUUGGCUCCCCGCUGCCCUCCCGGCCCCCUCUCGCUCGGUCCCGCAGGAUGCGGAUCUCACCCUUGCUGGCUGGUGGACUUUUACUCGCUCUGCUCUCUGUCAGGCUGGAGGCGAAGCCGGUGUCUCAGCUCCCACAGAAGGCUUCCCGCGGCUCGGCAGCGGCGGCGGGUCCGCCCGAGGCGGCGGCAGCGCAGCGGGACAAGGAGCGGGACAAGGAGCGCAGCAGCAGCAGCAGCAGCAGCGGCGGCGGCGGCGGGUCGGGCCCGCGGGAGGCUCGGGAAGUGCGGGUCGAGGCGAGAUCGCGGCCGGGCUGGGCGCGGCUGCUGCAGGACCCGCCGGGCCGCCGCCACAAGGGCCUCCACAAGAAGGGGAUGGGGAAGGGCUGCUUCGGCCUCAAGCUGGACCGCAUCGGCUCCAUGAGCGGCCUCGGAUGCUGAGGGACCCCUGGCGGGCUUUGAAUCCGUAGUCCACUUUUUCCUACUGUGGCCAGGCAGGGCCAUCCCCCCCAGGCAACGCCUAGAAGAGCAGAGACCCCCCUUCUGGACUGGACAAAAGAUGUGGCUGUGCUUUUCUUUUUGGUACGAGGAGUGAUGGCACCAGCUGUUUUGGUUUUGUUAUUUUUUUAAAAGGAAAAACAAACACACACACACACACAAAAAAAGUGCUCUCUAUCUUCUCUCUCUAUAUAUAUAUUAUAUAUACAAACACUCACCGAGGCAAGGGACGGCCCUUUUCCAACAGACUGAGGAAGCCAGCUGUAUAACUGUUGCUGUUUGUAAAUUCAUGUCAUGCCUAAAUGUAUUUAUGUUGUAAAGCUAUUUAUAUAUUGUUUAUAA